GAGACAGACAGACAGACAGAAGAAACAUGGCACAAGAGAAAGACAUCUGGUCCGCCGACCUGUAUGGCGACAAGGUGGCCCCGUUCGUUGCAACCUCGACUGAAAAGGUCCUCACCUGGCUCGACCCCCAGCCAACUGAUGAAAUCCUCGACAUCGGCGCCGGGGAAGGCCCCCUGACAGCCCGCAUCGCCCCCCACGUCAAACGCAUCGUGGGUGUCGACGGCUCCCCCAACAUGAUCGAGCACUUCCAAAAGACCUACCCGCAUAUCGAGUCCCGCGUGGUAGACUGCCGUCUGCUGGACCAAGAAGCCGACCUGACAAACGGCAGCUUCACCAAGGUCUUUUCGAACGCCGCUCUGCAUUGGAUUCUGCGGGAUCCCGAAACCAGAGCCAACACGAUCAAGGGCUGCUUCGAGGCUCUCGAGCCAGGUGGUUUGUUCGUGAACGAGUCCGGUGCGCUGGGAAAUGUGGCCGAGGUGCAUUCUGCUAUUAUCAGUGGGCUGGUUACUCAGGGUAUUCCGGUUGAACAGGCCCGCGAAGCAUCGCCUUGGUGGUUUCCUUCCGUGCAGGCGAUGAAGAAUCUUGUUGAGGGAGCGGGCUUUAUCUGGGUCAAGGGCGAGGCUGAACUCAGACAGACAAGACUGACGGACAAUGAGAAGGGUGGUGUUGAGGGAUGGAUCCGUCUGUUUGGCGAGCAUUUUCUGCAGCUUCUUCCGACUGUCGAGGCACGCGAUGCUGCUGUCAAGCAUGCCGUGGACGUUCUCGAGGCGGUUGGACGACAGCAACAUGAUGGUUCUUUCACCGUCAAUUACAUUCGUCUUCGCUUUGUUGCUCAGAGGCCUGAAUAACUGCUCGCUGAUAUGAUUUAUGAUAGUUCUCAUCAAUAUUUACGUCUUUCCUCUUAUAGUAGUAGUAGUAGAUUCGGCUCGGACCGAAGCCGCAUUCCCAUCUGGUUGUAUGCAAGCGUCGGCUAUGAUCCGACAUUUCGGCAUUAUCCGUGAUAGUUAUCAGCAGUAUAUAAGAUAUAAACGCAAUUCGAGUGAAUCAAGUUCUGUAG